AUGUCGUUCGUGCCCAUCAUCUGCGGUAAACGCGACUGGGACGUCGAGUACGCCCAGUCGCAAGAGUACAACGCUAUAUACUGUCCUAACUGCCAUAAUUACAAAGUGCGGCCCGUCAAACGACGCGAGUUCAUCACGAUUUGGUUCAUUCCUGUGAUGCCGUUCUUCUGGGGCAAACAGCUCGUUUGCCCGAUCUGCAAUUGGCGCCAGGACUUCAAGAGCGACGAGCAGCUCAAAAAAGUGCUGAGAGAGCAGGAUAACAUCCGCGCGGGUAAGGUCGGCGGCUAA